AUGGCUGAUGUCGCUGCACAUGACCAGCACGGGCAAGGGAAGUUCACUCUCUUGAAUGACCCCGAAGACAGCGAAAAAUGCCCUAGCGACUGCCCAAUAGCAGAGCAGGAGCAGCCCGAAGAACCUGAAUACAGCACUACCUCAGCUGACCAAGUCCUCUUCCUUCGCUUCUUCGAAGAGAUUGAAUCAUGUGUGGCCCAAGCAGAAGCUUUAUGGAGACGUGUAGCCUUGACAGAGCUAGAUCUAUCAACAGCUUCGAUAUUAACAAGCUUAUACAUCCCUACCGAUCUCUCUCGGGUUUGGACUCUAUAUGUCGGACCGAGCCUGAAACUUGCACCAAACGUAUCCUAG